AUGGCGACGGAAAACGAAGAAGUGUAUGAAGAUUUGAGGACCGUGUUGUUCUCUGACUCGGCCGUGAGUGGCGAAGCAGCUGGCUAUGCGAUGGGUCUGGUGUACCUUGGCACAGGCUCUUCUCAGGCGACUGAGGAAAUGCUUCAAUACGCCCAGGAGACGCAGCACGAGAAAAUCAUUCGCGGCUUAGCCAUUGGCAUUGCCCUCUUGCAUUACGGCCGCGAGUCUGCUGCGGACGAAACAAUCAAUGUGCUACUGUCCCACAAGGAUGCGACGAUGCGAUACGGCGGUGCUUACACCGUGGCUCUCGCCUAUGCAGGCACAGGUCAUCAUGCAUCAGUCAGUCGUCUUUUGCACCUGGCGGUGUCGGAUGGCAGUGAUGAUGUGCGACGUGCGUCGGUGAUUGCCAUUGGCUUCUUGUUCUUCCGCUCGCCUGAGCAUGUGCCGGAGCUCGUCCAGCUGCUGAGUGAGAGCUAUAACCCACAUCUCCGCUACGGUGCAGCCAUGGCUCUCGGCCUUGCUUGUGCGGGUACCGGACUGGACGCGGCCCUAGAUCUUCUGGAGCCACUUACGAAAGACACGAUCGAUUUCGUGCGCCAAGCGGCGUGUAUGGCGCUAGCCAUGGUGCUCAUUCAGCAAAAUGAAGAGCUCAACCCGCGCGUUCAGACAGCACGCAAGACAUUUGAGAAGAUUAUCUCUGAGAAGCACGAAGAAACUAUGGCCAAGUUUGGCGCUGCGAUUGCUCAGGGCCUGAUUGACGCCGGUGGUCGCAAUGUCACGAUGGGCUUGCGUGGCUCUGGUGGAAGCACGAAUGCGGCAGCCGUCGUGGGAAUGGCUCUCUUUACCCAGUACUGGUACUGGUUCCCUAUGGCGUUCUUCGCUUCACUCGCCUUCACUCCAACGGCAAUCCUGGGCAUCACCAAGUCGCUUCAGCUUCCUGCCCUGGAACUUGUGUGCCAUGCACGCCCAAGUUUAUUUGCCUAUCCACCGCCGCUGCAGAGCCCAACUGAGAAGAAGCCAGAAAAAGUCGAGACGGCAGUCCUCAGUACAACCGCCAAGUCGCAGGCACGUCAACGCACGAAGGAAAAGAAGAAGGCCCUCGAGUCUAUGGAUACGGACGCAGAUGACGACACUGCAACGUCCAAGUCGCAGCCACAUGAUGCACAGAACACGUCGGGAACAUCUCCUGACGGCCCUCACAGCAACAAGUUGAAUCACAAGAUGGAAGAGCCGAACGAGGCUCGCCUCAUGAACGGCUCGCGCGUGACACCAUUCCAGCUCAAGUACAUGUCGUUCCCUCCACAUGCUCGCUACACGGCGGUGCGUCCGCUCGCUGGUGUAAGCUCGAAUCUUCCGCGUGCCGAUGCGAGCUCGGCGCGUCAAUUGGACAUGUCCGUUACGGCUGGUCGUGGCGGCAUUAUUCUUUUGCAUGAUCGCGAGCCCUCCGCUCCGUUUGUUGCAGCGAAGCAGGACAAGCCAGGCUCAGAAGAGAAGAUGAAUCACGAAGCAGCGGCAACCAUGAUGGCUGCUUCAUCGGAUGCUGAGAAGGUGCAGACGAGCAUGCAGGAAAGCUUGGAUGAUGCUGAAGGAGACAAAAAAGGCGAUGAGAAGAACGAACGCGAAGGCAAUGACCAUCGCGACCGGGACGGCGGGACAUCUGCGAAUGCCAUCACAGAAGACGUUGAUAUGAAUGAACAGGCUCGUUAG